GGCUUAUGAAUAUUAAGGACGCGGAGGGGAGCCUAUCUGGCGCGGGUCGGCGCGCAGGCGCAGCGGGCUAGGGCCUAGCAUGGCGGCCACGCUCAUCGCCCGGGGCGGCAGCGCUGCGGCCCGAGCCCUGACCUUUGGGUGCUUGCGACAGCUGCACACAGUGUACCAGACAGUGGAGUUACCAGAGACCCACCAGAUGCUGUGCCAGACAUGCCGGGACUUUGCUGAGAAGGAACUGGUUCCUAUUGCUGCUCAGCUGGAUAAGGAGCACCGCUUUCCUGAUGAACAGGUGAAGAAGAUGGGUGCCCUUGGCUUGCUGGCCAUGGAUGUGCCGGAGGAGUAUAAAGGGACAGGGCUUGAUUACCUGGCCUAUUCCAUCGCUGUUGAGGAGAUCAGCAGGGGCUGUGCAUCCACAGGUGUCAUCAUGAGUGUCAAUAAUUCUCUGUAUUUAGGUCCAAUACUGAAAUUUGGUUCUGAAGAGCAGAAGCAUCAGUGGAUUGCUCCCUUCACCAGCGGAGACAAAAUAGGGUGCUUUGCCCUCAGUGAACCAGGAAAUGGCAGUGAUGCUGGAGCUGCUUCCACAGUGGCACGGCUGGAUGGCAAUGAAUGGGUCCUGAAUGGCACCAAAGCUUGGACCACCAAUGCCUGGGAUGCCUCUGCUGUCGUGGUGUUUGCCACAACAGACAAAUCCCAAAAGCACAAGGGCAUUAGUGCAUUCCUGGUUCCUAUGCCAACAGCUGGACUCUCGCUGGGGAAGAAAGAAGACAAACUGGGAAUCCGAGCCUCUUCCACAGCCAAUCUGAUAUUCGAGGACUGCCGGAUCCCCAAGGCCAAUCUGCUGGGGCAGCAGGGGAUGGGCUUCAAAAUUGCUAUGCAAACCUUGGAUUCGGGCAGGAUUGGGAUUGCCUCACAGGCUCUUGGAAUAGCUCAAGGAGCGCUGGACUGUGCUGUGGAUUACGCUGAGAAGAGGCUGGCCUUUGGUUCACCCAUUUCUAAGCUGCAGGCUAUUCAGUUCAAGCUGGCAGACAUGGCGCUGGCAUUGGAGAGCGCUCGCCUGCUGACCUGGAGAGCAGCCAUGUUGAAGGACAAUGGGAAACCCUAUACAAAGGAAGCUGCAAUGGCCAAGCUAGCUGCAUCGGAGGCUGCAACUGCCAUUUCCCAUCAGGCCAUCCAGAUCCUGGGAGGGAUGGGCUAUGUAACAGAAAUGCCAGCAGAACGCCACUACCGGGAUGCUCGAAUCACAGAAAUCUAUGAAGGGACAAGUGAGAUCCAGAGACUAGUGAUAGCAGGGCAACUGCUGAAGGAAUAUCGUGGGUGAAGAAGAGUGAGAUCAACUUAAGUGCCUUUAUAACCACUGCUCCUAGCCUUUGUCCUGGAUGAAAUGAAGUGGAAAUUCCCUCUUUGAGAAAGGGGAUUGACCAAUCCAAUUGAAUUGCCUUUGUAAGGGUCAAAGGGAGAAGCAGCAUCUAAGUGUGGCCCAAUUUGUUUUAAGCAGGUAUAGUUUCAACUCUGUUCUCUUACAAAAUCCAUGGAAUCAGUCUUUAGCCUUACUGGCUGCUAGUUAAGAUUUAGUUCCCCUCAGAAUGCUUGGUAAUGAAGUUUUAUGAAAUUAUGGGGAUACCUACUGUCAAAGGCCUGAUGAGGGUACAAUGCACAGGCAGGACACAAAGUAUUAUUUUAGUACCUGAAUGUGGACUAUAUUUUCUAAAAUUGUGUUGAUCUGGUUGCACUACCCCAGAAUGAUUGUUACACUACCUCCUCGGAUUGCUCACUAAUGAAUUCCAAGUGUUUGACCUUG